CGAGAAUCCCCUCCCAUCCUUAUCCUCUCUCCGCCUCCCCCCUCUCUUUCGCGGCGUCGUCGUCGACCCCUCUCCGCCGUACACGCCCCCUCCACCGCCAGGGAAUUCUCUCGCCCCCUCGCGCCCGCGCCCGCCGUCGCCGUCGCCGUCGCCCUCCGCCGCGGGGCGGGGAUCCGUCGGUAAGCACCGAACCCGAUCCCUCCCGCUGGACGAGCCUUUGCAGUUUGGUCUCGGAGAAGGUAUCGGCGUGCUUUCCUGCUGCAGCAUGGAAUGAGGGUCUUGAGUGCCGUGUCUUUUCUCCGAGCUUGACACUGGUUGCGCUUCGCUUUGGAAAGUAACAAACCAUGACCUCUGUCGCCGACGCUGUUUCAGGUGAUCAUAGAGCUGAUGAGCAACAGCAGAAGCAAGCUGCUCACGGGAACCAGGAAGAGGCCCCAGCUACUAGUAUAGGUAAUCAGGCGAUGGCGGCAACACCUUCCACAGAUUAUGUCACACCCUAUGGCCACCAGGAAGCUUGCCAUGCAAUGCAGGGUCAAAUUGCUUACCCAACUAUUGAUCCAUACUAUGGAAGCCUUUAUGCGGCCUACGGUGGACAACCUAUGAUGCAUCCACCAAUGGUCGGAAUGCAUGCAGCCGCAAUACCGUUGCCUACUGAUGCAAUUGAAGAGCCUGUGUAUGUGAACGCGAAGCAAUAUAAUGCCAUAUUAAGGCGGCGCCAAUCUCGGGCUAAAGCAGAGUCAGAAAGGAAGCUUAUCAAGGGCCGCAAGCCAUAUCUCCACGAGUCGCGGCAUCAACAUGCCUUGAAAAGGGCCAGGGGAGCCGGAGGCCGGUUUCUUAACGCAAAGUCAGACGACAAUGAAGAGCAUUCUGAUUCCAGCUCCAAAGAUAAGCAGAAUGGAGUUGCGCCCCGCAGCAGCAAUGGCCAACCGUCUUCCUCUCAGUCUCCCAAAGGCGCAACUUCGGCCGACAAGACGGGAAACCCUGAAUGAGAUGCUAGAAGUCCGCCGGACGCGACGAUCCAUGCCAACAGUUUUGUACAGUAUAUAUAUGCUAGUGAGCAAGAGGAUCGCGCCGGCGGGUGCUGUAGGAUAUAUAUCUGAUCCGCUCCGCUCUAUAGUUAUAGACCCGCCAACAGUUUUUUUUUUUUUUUUUGCAGCAUUGGUCGUGUUUGCUCAGUUUGGUUUCUACAUUCUGUACAAUGAGUAGUUUUUUUUGUGUUCCGGGGUUAGCCGCCGGUUCGGUCAGGAGGCAUUUGUAGUUUAUAAAAGAGUAUAAAAUUAGUGCUACAUUGUUUCCUUUGGAGUGGAUUUGGCCUCUUAGCUGUGUUGCAUCCUCAUUCGCGGUGCAGAAAAUAAAAUCUGGGUGUACAUAA